UCUAUCUAAUCGAAGCGUAAUGAGAUUGAAAAAUUGAUUGCGAAUUGGUUAGCAAGCUCGGAUAAAUAUUCAUGAGUAGUAGCACUUGGACAUUUCUCGGGGACGAAGCACUCCGAGGAUGAUGAAUACCGAAUCAAAGAAAUAUCCUCAACUGACUUUCGAAAAUGGGAUUUGGAGGGGCCCUACGAAAAUAUAUCGAAAUGAUGAUUUUCAAGUGGGAAAGAGAGCACUCAGGAGUCUGAAGGAGGCUCCAAAAUUCAUUGGUCAAAUUGAUUCUGCCACUGGAAAAUCGGAUACCUUCGGUGAUAUGAUGAACAGGAGCGUCCGGUGCUCCCUGUGGCUGAGGAAAAAGGGAAUUGGCCGCGGUGAUGUCAUCUCCAUUGCUGGUGCUAAUCACGUAAAUACAGUGAUUCCUAUUCUAGCUGGUCUCUAUCAAGGAUGCACCGUGAACACUUACCCAUAUGAUUGGUUGGAUGAAGAAUUAAUAUCUGAUUUCGUGAGAGACCUCGAGCCGAAGAUUGUUUUCGCCGAUGCAGUACUGGGGCCGAAAAUGAUGAAAUACAGCAAUAUCGAUAACAAGAAAUUCCAAGUCAUAGUUUUUGGAGAUCUGCCGGGAUUCACGUCCUUCAAAGAUAUUCUGGAUGAGCAGAGCGCUGACGAAGUUGAUAAUUUCGAGUGCGUGGAUAUUUCCUCUGAAGAGGACACCGCAUUCUUCUCAUUCACCUCUGGCUCCAGUGGACAUCCCAAGGUGUUUCAGUAUCCUUAUAAACUCCUGAAGCGAGAUGUCCACUGGUUACCGAGAGAAGAACUCUACGAGAGGGUGGGAAUAUGGUGUACCGAGCCUGCAUGGGUUGUCGUCGUCAUCUCUGCCCUGCAGGCGAUCCUCGAUCGCUCGACUUAUGUCAUCCACAAGUACACGAAUGCGGCUGAUUUCUGCAGAGUUAUUGAAAAGUACAAGAUCAACUGGAUGAUGCUGGGAACGGAGCACGUGAAUAUGAUAUCUCGAUUAUCGAACACAGCAGAGUUCGAUUUUUCCGAGGUGACGUUCAUUCGAUACUGCGGGUCCUACAUCAGACCGGAAGUAGAGAGAAAUCUGCACACUAUAUUUCCUGGAACAUGGCUGUCACAGUCGUAUGGUUUAACCGAGAUCGGUAUCGUUACGUACACGAUGAGCGACCACAAGUGCCCCUCCUGUGGUAUACCCGCCGAGAACACUGAAGUUAAACUGAUAAAUUCCAAAGAUGAGACUGUUAUGUCUCCCAAUCAAUCAGGAGAAUUGUGCGCCAGAACUCCGUGUCUAUCGAUUGCUUAUCACAAGAGUACAACAGCAUCAGAACGAACACUGGAUUCAGAUGGUUGGUAUCGCACCGGUGACCUGGCUUAUUACAACGAGGAUGGUGAAUUCUUCUUCGUCGAUAGGAUCAAGGAAAUGAUCAGGUAUCUUGUCGCUGAUAUUCCGGCUGGUGUCGUAGAGGACUGCAUACUAAAGCAUCCUGCUGUUCUUGAAGUUGCUGUUGUUGCUAAACUACAUGACGAAGACAUAGAACACCCCAUGGCUUUCAUUGUCAAGAAGCCGUACAUACCGGUGACGGAACAGGAAAUCGAAGGUUGGGUUCAGAAGCAUCUGCCAGAUCGUAUGAGACUUCGUGGGGGUGUUAGAUUUCUUAACAAUAUGCCGUAUAAUAAUGCUGGGAAAAUAGCUAAAGGCAUUCUGCGACAUUGGUGUAAUGCUGAGUAGCAAAAAAACGCAUCACAUAAUUUCUAAAGAAAGACUAUUUUAACUGCAAUAGAAGAUAUGAUCAUUUGUUGUUUUAUAUAAAUUGUAUCUAAGAUAAAAUAAUCACUGUGAAUGGAUUAUAAUCUGAAUAAAAAGAGUGAAAGGAAAA